GCUGAUAAGGGGCAGUGAUCUCCAAGUGAAAUUGCAACACAGUGUGAGCACACGGCAAGCUCCUCGGCUCCUCUCAGCAUGGCCUCCGCUCCUGCACUGCUCUGCGCAUUUCUCAUCUCAGUUUCUGCUCCUCCUGUCUCUGCCCAAGAGCAGCGUGAAAGUGCACCCGUCAGGCUGCUUGCCUCAUUCGGGCUGAAACACAAGCUUUCCUGUACCUCAGCUCAUCAGAACAGCAUCCAGACUGUGCAAUGGCUACAGAAAACAAGUUCCAUGGAACGCUGGGAAGAGAUUGCCGAGUUGUCGGUGCCAGUGAACAAGGAGAGAUUUCAGGUCCUUGACGAUGGCUCCCUGGUGAUUCUGUCUGUCGGUGUCGAGGAUGAGGGUCUGUUCAAGUGUCGAGUGGGGAAGGACAGCACAGAGGACCUCUCUGUAACCAGCGUGCUUGUCUACAAGUCGCCCAGCGAGCCGGUGCUGAAGGAGAGAUUCCUGACGUUCACAGCUGGAGCACUGUCUGAGAUUGGGACGUGCAUCUCUGACGAUGGCCACCCCAUCAGUAACAUUAUUUGGUACAAGGAUGGCAAAGAGGUGGUUGCCAACGGGAAUGAAGCACAGGUCGAAGUCCACAUUAUAAAGAACCAGAACACACAGCUUUACACAACGGAGUCGACGCUCUCCUAUACUCUGACGAAGAAGGACGUCAGUGCGGCGUUUGAGUGUCUAGUGGUCUCUCCUUCCCAAGGAGGGUGCGUGGUGCAGAGGUCCAGGUCCAUUUGGGUCGACGUGCAUUAUGCGAUCGAGAACGUUGAGAUAGAGGUGGAACCUUCAGACGAAUUGAUCGAUGAAGGCGGGAGUAUCACGCUGAAAUGCAGAGCUGACACCAACCCGCCACCGAUUGAGUACCUGUGGGAAAAGGAUGGGAAGCUGUUAGGCACCUUGGACCAGUACACCAUCCAGGCGGUGAGCAAGAGGGAUGAAGGAAGUUACCAGUGCACCGUCUUCGACUUCAACUUCAACCAGCGUUCGGCCCUGAAGGAGAUCCGAGUGAAGGCGAGAGAGAAUAACAACGCAUUAGACGGUGAGGGACGAGGUAACUCAAUUUUCACUGCGGGGAGUCACUCAAAAGAUGGUCACGGAGGGCCCGGGACCCUGAACCGAGCUGGCAUGGUGAUUGGGAUCAUCGUCACACUGUCUCUGGUGGCCUUCUUCAUCUCCGUCGCCUACUACAUCUGCUACCAUCGGCAGAAGAAGGAAAAGAAACGAUUGGAGGAUUUCGAGGAGACAAGAGCCAUGGAUCCAGAGAAGGCCCCUCCUACAGCAGAGACACUCGAGGGAGAGCAGGAACAGUGAGCAAUGAGGAAGAAUACCCAACCUCGCUGAUGAAUCCCGAGAGGAACAUCCUACCAAAGACCGAGUUAGCUCGUCUAUCUUAAACAUUGGCCUUUGGUGCAUCUUAAAGCAAGGCCUCUAGUAUUUACAACCUAUCCAUAGAGUGAUACAGCAUGGAGACAGGCCCUUCGGCCCAAUUUGCCCACACCGGCCAACAUGUCCCAGCUACACUAGUCC